CUGGAAGAUGAACAGGAAACUAUUGGAGAAAAGGAAGGUACUCUAACAGAACAAAAGUCAAAUGAUGCAGGAAAUGAUAAAGAAGAUGAGGAAAUUGUACCUGAAAAUGAGAAUACUAUACUGGAAAAGGGGGCUGAGACAUUAGUAUCGCCUAAAAGAGGACGUGGUCGGCCUUCAAAGAAGAGGUUAUCUGUAUCAAGUAAUGUAAGUAAUGAAAACAUUACUGAUGAAAAACCUAACACUGAAGAUGACGCUAUUGUUGAAACUGUUGAAGCGAAAGGAGAUGCUGUAAUACAACAAAAUGAUGAAGGGGAUGUUAAAGGAGAUGAAAAAAUUGUACCCAAUAAUGAGAAAGUUAAACUGGAAAAGGAGACUGAGACAUUAGUAUCGCCUAAAAGAGGACGUGGUCGCCCUUCAAAGAAGAGGUUAUCUGUGUCAAGUAAUGGAAGUAAUGAAAACAUAAAUGAUGAAACACCUGCUAAACCAGAAGAUGAACCUGAAACUAUUAGAGUAAAAGGAGAUGCUCUUACUGAACAAAAAUUAAAUGAUGCGGGAGAUGUCAAAGAAGAUGAGAAAAGUGUACUGGAAAAAGAGACUGAGACACUAGUAUCGCCUAAACGAGGCCGUGGUCGCCCUUCAAAGAAGAGAUUUUCUGUGUCCAGUAAUACAAGUAAUGAAAAUGUAACUGAUGAAAAACCUAAUGCUGAAGAUGAUACCAAUACCUCCUUAAAAACAAGCCCUAAAGAAACUACACCAGAUAAUAAAAAUGAUAACACUGGUAGUCAAAUAGCACAAACUCUAGAACCAGAAAAUGGAUCUCAAGUACCAAGUGAGGAUACAUUGAAGGUUGAGAAAACCUCUAGGAGUCAAAAACCUAUCAGCCAAAAUGUUCCGAAAGAACUUGCUGUCCCUAUUCCACAAGAGAACAUGGGAGUUGAUGCUGAAUAUCUCCCCUUAUUCCAUCAACCGAUAAUUGUUGAAGGCAAGCGUGCCCGUAAACCUAAAAAACGUUACGAUGAAGAAGAAUACAUAUCACCAAAAGAAAUCUCAUCGCCCAACUCUUCAUCAAAAAGCCCUAGAGUCGAGGAUAAGGCAGUAAAAGAAGACGCUAAGAGUCCAAGGAGUCAGAAAAAAUCAGCUGAAGAUAAAGCGAGGGCCGCUGCAGAAAAUACACCCAUUGUAGAGUCACCAAAGAAGAAAUCAAAGCCAAUUGUUGAAUCACCAAAGAAGAAAUCCAAGCCUGCACCGGCAGAGGGGACAAUAAAUUUUAAGAACAUACAAGAUAAGAUUCGACCAAAGAAAGUUAAAGUCAUCAAGUCAGCACCAAGUACACCAAAGUCUGCUGCUGCAGUUCAGUCUCCAAAAGGCCCAGGCCAAUCUGAAGAUAAGAAGGUGAAGAAGAGAGAUGUGAUUUUGGAGAGACCAGAUGGAUCUAUGUAUAGAAAGUGUGGGAUGUCUCGCUGUACUUCUGAUAUUCCUAUCUGUGCCAUACGUUGUGCUGCACGUUGCUGUGGAGAUGGCAUGACAUCACGAUGGUACCAUCUAUCAGCUGGAGAGCACUACUGCAAUGACUGCUUCGAGUACUAUUAUAGAAGUCAGAAGGCAGGAUUUCCCAUGCUGGAACAGUGGAAGAAAGAGUGGUCAGAGAAUGGAAAAACAGAACCUACAAUUAAAACAUUCAUGAUCGAUCAGGUGCUAUUUUACUGGGUUCAAUGCAAUGAGUGUAGGAAAUGGCGAGAGAUGUCAGCUAAUUUCCAGCUGACACCUGAAUUUAUACGCAAGUUUGUGUGUGGGAUGUCAGAGGAUGAAGAAGAAACUGGAUCCCCUUCAGAGACAGAAUGUGCCAAACCCAUGGACAAGAGAGCUGAGGAAGUGUUAGAUGAGAACUGGAUUACUAGUUUGAUCCUGCCUCCAUACCUCAAGUUCUCCCCCUCCACCCCCUUCCUUGCCUCCUAUUAUCCUGACUGUGUGGGCCUCAGUGCUGUUGAUAAUGAACUACCUACAAACAUGGCACACCUUAAAGCAGAUAAAGAAAAUAAUUUUGAUGCUGGGCCUCCACAUGUGUCAGGGACGAGUCGAUUUAUGCACAUGUUUGCUGAACCCACUGAUGUUGCCAUGGCAAUGUGCUACAAGCCAGAGGUGAUGGACAGCGAUGAAGUGGAGACAUUCUCAGAAUAUGCCCAUGCACAACACAUGUACCUCUCACUUAGAAAUCUGGUGCUGUCACUCUGGUGCUUAAAUUAUAAGGAGUAUUUAACAGUGGAUCGUUGUGUGCCAUACUUAAUCUGUCGAGGUCUUGUGAGGAUAAGAUGUCACUAUGAGAUAGAUCGCAUCAUUAGAUAUCUCACACAGAAGGGUGCCAUAAACACAGGCAUAUUAAGAAAUCUACCAAAAGAGAUCUACUUUGAUUCAGAUGAACAGCUAAAACAGGCCAAGGUGCUUGUAAUUGGAGCAGGUGCCUCGGGAAUAGCAGCAGCUCGGCUUCUCCAGCUUCUUGGCCUGGAAGUGACAGUCCUAGAGGCCAGGGAUAGGCUUGGGGGUAGGGUGUGGGACAGACCCCUGGGUCAAGCAACUGUAGGAGAGGGAGCCCAGGUCCUUAGUGGAAGUCUCAACAAUCCAUUUGCUCUCAUCUGUCAACAGAAAGACAGGCCUCUGAGUGAACUAUCUGAGAACUGUAGGUUGAUAGAGCCUGGUGGUGCUACAGUUGACUCAUAUACAGACCAUACCAUAGAAUUCCACUUUAAUGCCAUGCUGGAUAACAUUGCUGAGUGGAGAAAGAAAAAUAAGAAUAAAAAGGACACAAAUCUUAUGGCUAAAUUCAAAGAGAUGCACAAUCAGUUUAUUGAGGAGUCAGGCAUGCAGUUUUCUGAAAAAGAGCUCAAAAUGUUAGACUUCCAUGUUGGUAACCUGGAGUAUGUAUGUGGUGCAACUCUGGAUAAGAUCUCCGCAACAAACUGGGAUCAAAAUGAAGCAUUUCCACAGUUUGGUGGCAAACAUGCAAUAUUGAAAAAUGGUUAUGGUGAAAUUCUGCAAAAGCUUGCGAAAGACCUGAAUAUAGAGUAUAAUACAAUCGUAUAUAGUGUUGAUUAUAGUGGUGACCAAGUGAUAGUGUCUGACAGUGGCAAGAGGAAGUGGACUGCUGAUAAAGUUGUUAUAACUGUACCUCUAGCCAUAUUACAAGGAGAACAGAUCAAGUUCACACCCAAGCUGAAUGCAGAAAAGAUAGCAGCCUUCAACAGCUUAGCUACUGGCCAUGUAGAAAAGGUGACCUUGUUGUUCCCUCGUUGUUUCUGGAAAUCCAAGUUGAAUGGGAACAGCUACUUUGGACGUGUUGUAAGCAAAGAGAAAGACAGGGGACUCUUCUCAGUGUUCACUGAUUUGUCAACACAGAAUGAGGAAGGUGCUAGCUAUAUUCUGAGUACUCAUAUAUGUGGAGAAGCCCUGAGUAAUCUGCAGCAGAAGUCAGACAAGCAGGUGGUUGACAUGGCAAUGAAGAUUCUCAAUGAACUCUUCCCUGAGGAGGAUGUUCCCAAGCCAACAAAGUACUAUGUGAGCCACUGGAGCAGUGACCCAUACUCCAAGAUGGCCUAUAGUUAUGUGCCAGUUGGCUGUGAUGCGAGUGUCUUUGACCAGAUUGCUCGAUCUGUAGCUGACAAGUUGUACUUCGCAGGCGAGGCAACAAACAGACAGCAUCCACAGACAGUGACUGGGGCCUAUCUUAGUGGUAUACGAGAAGCCAACAAAAUCAUAGAUUCACUUGUAGAAGGAAGACCAGCAAAACCAGAAAUACCUGCUAUCAAAGAAACUCCUAAAUCAAAAUCAAGAACAAAGGACAGAAGUCCUAAAACUGAAACUCCAAAUAAUGAAUCAAAUCCUGCUAAGAGAAAAAAGAAAUCUGAUACCCCAAAACCUGAAGCUACCCCAAAAUCAAAGAAAGAGAAAUCCGAUAUCCCCAAAGCAGAAUCAAUUUCAACUUUAAAAUCAAAGAAAACUAAAUCCGAAAGUCCAAAACCUGAAACAAACAAAAGCCAAGUGGCAAAGAAAAAGAAAUCAGACACUCUUAAAAAUGAAUCUGUAGUGAAGAAACGGAAAACAAAGGCAUCAAAAGAUGACAGCACUGAAGAAAAGACUGAUGUUAAACAUAUAUCUCCCUCAAAUACUCAAGCUUUGCUAGGCUCUAUAGGUCUUGAUAUUGUGGGAGAAUACCUUUCAAGUACAAAGGAAGAUGAAACCCAAGAUGACUACAAGGACAUUAUAACCGAAGCGCCUGACAAAGUGUUGGCAAAUGGGGAUGAAGCACAUGAAAGCAGAAACACUCAGGAAAAAGAAUCUUUAAAUAGUUCAAAUGUUUCUAAUGGAGAACACACUGAGAACUCUGACAAAGAAACUGAAGCUAAGGAAGAACAUUCUGAAAGUACAGAGAGUAAAGAGUGUGAAAAUGAGACUGCAUCUGAAGAUUCAUCAAAGGAAGAGGAAAUUGAAUCACAAAAUGAGACUGCAACAGGAAAGGAUGAACAUAAAGAAGGCAUUCACAAAGAUGAGAAUGAACCAUUGGGUAAUGAUCUCAAGGCCAGUGAUCAAGCUGAAUUAAACAUUGUCAAAGAAAAUGUUGAGGAUGAUGGAUCUCAAAAUGGUGACAAAAUGGAAGGAAAUACUGUUGAUGAUAAUGAAAAUAGCAAUGAAUUAGAAGAUAAUGUAAACAAAAUGGACGAAACUGUCACUCGAGAAGAUGGUCUUAUCAAAUCUAAAAUUGACAGCAUGGAGGAAAAUGCUGAGAGAAAUUGUGAUGAUGACAACCAAAUGGAUGACAGUAUAAAGGAACCAAAUGUAUGUGAACCAAAAUUAAAGACUGCAGAUGAUCCGAAUACAUCAGCAACAGAAAGAACAAAGGACACUGAGUGUGGUGAUGAAGAAGAAAGUAUGGAUACAACUUGAAUAUUAACAUUAAUAUGCAUGAUUCUAAGCUUUACAAAUCCCAUAAUUGAGAUUGUGGAGAUACCAGGAGAAUGUUUAAUAAUAUUUUAGACUGAAUCGCAUGAAAACUACAAUGAUCUACCAUCUCUUCAGAAUGAAAUAACUGGUUGGGCAUACAUCGACAUUUUAGUAUUGAUAUUUCAUAAUGUUGCACCACAUCAGUCUUCAUACACUCCUGGUUUAUAUUGACUCUACUAGAAAAUGAUAUGAUGAAUACUAUUACAGUGAAACCUGUAUAUCUGAA